AGCAAACAGCUGGGCGCUGGAACAACAAAUAAUAAACACGUGCGAUCAUACUGUAUUUUAGUUUACCUUUUAUUUAGCUACUACAAAUAUAUAAUGGGUAAGCAAAAGAAGACAAAAAAAAUACAGAAGCAGCGAAAUGCACAACUAAAGCGGCUGAUGAAGCCAACCGAUUCCCGGAUUAAAGAGCAAGUGCGUCAAAAACGCAAAAAAGAAGCCGAUCCCUAUGAGAUAAAAGUGCAUGAAGCCACCCAACAGAGUUCAGCCCUCUUCUUCCAGUACAACACACAACUGGGCCCACCCUAUCAUAUCGUGCUCGACACGAAUUUCAUCAACUUUAGCAUUAAGAACAAACUGGAUAUAGUGCAGUGCAUGAUGGAUUGUCUAUACGCCAAGUGUAUACCGUAUAUAUCCGACUGCGUGCGCGCUGAGUUGGAAAAGCUGGGCAACAAAUACAAACUAGCCCUGCGAAUUAUAUCGGAUCCCCGCUUCGAGCGCUUACCUUGCUUACAUAAAGGCACUUACGCCGACGACUGCCUGGUGGAACGAGUGCGUCAGCACAAGUGUUAUAUUGUGGCCACAAAUGACAAGGACUUGAAGAAUCGCAUACGCAAGAUACCAGGAGUGCCCAUAAUGUAUGUCGCCGCACACAAGUACGCCAUUGAGCGUAUGCCCGAAGCGUACGGUGUGAAGGCGUAGUUUAAACUUAGAUUAAGUGUACAAGAUUCUUUUGUACUAUUAUUAAUAAAUAAAUAUGU